CGCGUUAACACUGAGAAAGAAGGAAGUGCUUAAUGACAAACUACAUAUAAAACGCAUUAGCGUGCACGUGCACUUCUACGGAGAGAAGAGGGCAGUUACCUCAGUCUCCGACGCACGAAAGUUAUUCCCUGGCGCGCUCAGUAGUGCUUCGCAACGGGGAAACCCAGAAAAAUAAUCCCGUUUAUCAACACGCGUACCGUCCGAGAGAAGCGUUCCGGUAGAAAAUUAUCGCGAGACGUAACUUUCGAUGACCAGUCGAACUGGCCAGCUUGUUAUAAAUCGCACGCGGAUCGAUCAAUUUCAAAGAACGGGAAUAGCGCUGGAUAUGCGCCAUUAAAGUGGAGGUCGAAUCGAGUGAAUCGAUUCGUGCAUAAAAUCGAUCGCUUCGACGUUUCAUCAGGAUUAUUCGCCGUUUGACCCAGCGCACGGCAGUUGGAAACACUCGACGAGGGGGUAGAAAUAUUUGAGCCGGGACCGGGUCGAAGAAGAGCCCGUUCAAAAGGGCGUAGGAGCCGCGAGGAGGCGGAGAGCCCGUGCAAAACCGUCUUUUUCUACUGUCGAGUGCAACGAACAGGGCCUGCGCCAUGAUCGGACGCUCGUAGUGCGCAGCCACGCUCGGCCAGUCCAGUGCAUGCGCAAUGGUAUAUUGAUCCCGGUAAAUCUGAGAUACACGUAACAUCAUCCAGUGGUCCAUUGGCUGUACACAAUGUCAUUUCUGUUCACGGUUUUUCCGGCAUCACGCGAGCGAAACGAAACGGAGGAGCGCCAGUAAUGCGAGACAACGCAUCGAUUGCUCGCUACGUACCCGAUCGGCCUGCGUACCGCGGAGAUGAAGAUUCGAAAGGACCGCGUUAGAAUAUGAUACUCUCGGGAGGACGCAGGAUCGAAUCUGCUGGGAAGCGUAGUGCUUCGGGGGAACCUCAAGAGAAUCGAAUCUCAAGUAAAGUAAAGCGAGACACUUUCAUCGACUACUGUCGACAACUUGUCUUCUACAGCCGAGCAUGGAAUAACACGGAGCGCUACGUUCGCAGCCGGUACGUUCUCGCGUAACGCCGAGAAACGCAAACGAUCACGUCGGAACGCUUCAGCUUUCAUCCUCAAGAAAACUCCUGAAACAACUACGAGAAGCACAAAGACACGAUACGUUAAACUGCUUUCGUCGAAUCGUGUCGUGAAUGAAAAUUGUUUGUAGAAAGUCAUGUUUAUCGACGAUCGAAAACUCGACGAGGAUGCCUCGUGCAACAUCGAUAAUGAGAAAAUUGAACCGUGACUCGUUUCAAUCUAAGAUUGACACGCGCAACAGGUUUGUCAUUUCGGGAGUAGCGACAACUCGCAGGGCUUGAUUAACCUAUCGGUGUCACGCUGAAAGCCGGCACGCUACACCUUCCCCAUUAUUCAAUGCACUUGAUACUCUGAACAUUUCGAUCGAUUACAAUGUCCUUUGAACUUACGCAACGAACAGGAACCUGGCCGAAUACACCUGAAGAUCUAGACGCGCACGUUUCAUGAAGAUGCUAUUGCGAACGUUCAUUUUGAUCCUCUUGGCGAGGAUAUGCUAUGGCAACCCCGACGCGAAGAGACUGUACGACGACUUGCUGUCCAAUUACAAUCGACUAAUUCGGCCCGUCCCCAACAACACAGACACCGUAGUCGUUAAACUCGGACUACGUCUUUCCCAGCUUAUAGAUCUCAACUUGAAAGAUCAGAUCCUCACGACGAACGUUUGGCUGGAACACGAAUGGCAAGAUCACAAGUUUCAAUGGGAUCCUGCGGAAUACGGAGGUGUCACUGAACUCUACGUCCCCAGCGAGCACAUAUGGCUUCCCGACAUUGUUCUUUACAACAAUGCCGACGGGGAGUACGGAGUCACCACAAUGACGAAGGCCAUUUUACAUUACACCGGAAAAGUGCUGUGGACACCACCAGCGAUUUUCAAAUCGUCUUGCGAAAUAGACGUUCGGUAUUUCCCGUUCGAUCAACAAACUUGCUUCAUGAAAUUCGGUUCGUGGACGUACGAUGGAUUUCAGAUCGAUCUUAAGCAUAUUAAUCAGAACAAGGGGAACAAAGUCGAGGUUGGCAUCGACCUCCGGGAAUAUUACCCCAGUGUUGAAUGGGACAUAUUAGGUGUCCCAGCGGAACGGCACGAGAAAUACUAUCCCUGCUGUCAUGAACCUUACCCUGACAUUUUCUUCAACAUCACGUUACGACGGAAAACACUGUUCUACACUGUGAACCUGAUCGUGCCGUGCGUGAGCAUCUCCUACUUGUCGGUGCUGGCUUUCUACCUACCCGCUGACUCGGGAGAGAAGAUCGCCCUUUGCAUUAACAUCCUGCUGUCGCAGACCAUGUUUUUCCUCCUGAUAUCCGAGAUCAUACCAUCUACAUCGUUAGCUCUACCACUACUGGGCAAAUACCUGCUUUUCACGAUGAUUCUAGUGGGCCUAUCGGUAGUGAUAACGAUCAUCAUAUUGAACGUUCACUACCGCAAGCCCAGCACCCACAAAAUGGCACCGUGGGUUCGAAAAAUUUUCAUCAGAAGAUUACCAAAAUUAUUACUGAUGCGAGUGCCGGAUGAUCUGCUGAACGAUCUCGCCGCGCACAAGAUACACGGGAGAGGUAGAUCGGGGACGAAGAGUAAGUUCACUGCAGCCGUUGCGGCCGCCAUGCAAUCGUCCUCGAUAGUGUCCUCUCCAGACUCCGCUCGACAUCAACGAAUAGGUGGAUGCAACGGUUUGCACACGACGACCGCGCAUAAUAGAUUCUUGGGAGGCAUAGGUGGAUAUAAUGGACUUCCUACAGUGAUGUCCGGUUUAGACGAAUCACUGAGCGACGUGACACCGAAGAAGAAAUAUCCGUUCGAGCUCGAGAAGGCUUUACACAACGUGAUGUUCAUUCAGCAUCACAUACAACGGCAAGACGAAUUUAACGCGGAGGAUCAAGACUGGGGUUUUGUCGCGAUGGUUCUCGAUCGACUAUUCCUUUGGAUCUUCACGAUAGCUUCGUUCGUCGGCACGUUUACCAUCCUCUGCGAAGCUCCAGCGCUGUACGACGACACCAAACCAAUCGAUAUGGAGUACUCGUCCGUGGCCCAACAACAAUUUCUUCCGCGUGGCGAUUUGUUGGAAACACUCGCGUAGAAUCGACUGCGCGGUGCCAUUGGAAAACGCGAAUGUCCGCGUAUCGAAUCCACAUCUUAUUUCCUUAUUGCCGCUGCAUUUCUCUUCAUAGACUUCACGUUAGUCUCUGUAGGACGAAAGAUAGUUCCUGCAGCUCCUGAAAAUGGUUUCUCUUCGUCCCUUUUUCACAUGUUCCUCACACGAUCCUCGAUAGCAUAUUGUGUUGAGGAAUAUUUCAUUUAUACGAAUACUAAUCACUAUAAUAUGCGCGCACGUUGAACAAGUGCUCUUGAAUCACAGUAAAUUCGUUAUCGUACAGUUAAUAGAAAGAUUGCAAUAUCAACUAUUUGUAGGGAUUUUUGUAAACAUCAGUUACAUAGAAACUGAUUCCGAACGGAAUAUAACUAAGUAUGAAUCAAAGUCUAGCCGCGUAUAGCGCAACUCGUCUUCUGCUCGAGUCUAAUAACUUCUCGAACUACGCUCGAGAAUAUCGUUACGUAGCGUAUGUAUGGAACUUUUACAAGUAUUAAAAUAUAAAUCAUCGUUUUUCAUUUACGAUACAAGUAUGUAUAUACUCGAAUCUGUUCGACAUCUUGUACACUUAUAAAAAUAAAAUACAAAUAAAACUGUU